AUGCCUCCACAACAACAACAGCGUCAACAAUCUUCAAGACGAUCUAAUACCUCUAUCAGCAGUAUAACUGAUAACCUAUCUCAACCAAAUGCAGCUGCCACCGCUUCUAGCAAUUUAAACAGCUCAAUAGUCCCAAAACGAACAGCUGACAACAUUAACACUAAUGCAACAAAUAGUCUUUAUGGCUCAAGCAGCAGUAUAAGCAGUAUUGGUAAUAUUGGUGCCAUGGCUACUAAUCCCAAUGCUCAUCGAACAACUAUGAGCUACAAUCUAAAUAAUUAUGUGAUGAGUGGUAGUCAACAACAACAACAACAACCACAUCAUCAUCACCAAUUACAGCAACAGCAACAACAUCAAUUACAACAACAACAUCAGCAGCAGCAGCAGCAACAGCAACAACAACAAGUUGCAAAAAGCCCCUAUCAACCUUAUGCUACUGCUGCCGCAGUUACUGCUUCUCAUAUAAACGCUGCUCAAAUAUCCUCGAUCCAACCUUCUAGUAUCUCAAAUCAUCAAUCUCAACAACAGCAGCAACAACAACAACAUCAACAACAUCCACAGUAUCAUCAAUUUUCACAACAACAACAACAUGCUAAUAAUAUUCCUCAAUCACUUCAACAAACUCAACAAGCUCCUCAAUCAAUUCAACAAGCUCAACAAUCAAUUCAACAAGCUCAAGCUCAAUCUCACCAACAAGCUCAACAAUCAAUCCAACAAGCUCAAUCUCACCAACAAUCAUUACCACAAAUACAACCGCCCCCACAAAAUCAACCUAUUCCACAAAAUCAGUCAAUUCCACAAAAUCAGUCAAUUCCACAGACUCAACCAACACCACAGACUCAACCGAUUACACAAACUCAGCCACAGCAAGCACAACAACAAAAGGUUGUAAAAGACGAGAAACUAAAAAAACCCAUGAAUGCUUUCAUGAUAUUCUCAAAGGCUCGUAGACGUGAGAUGCGCGAUACUCAUCCGGGCGAAAAGGCAGGUGAAGUGAGCAAAAUCUUGAGUAAGGAGUGGCAUACGAUGGAAACUGGUAAAAAGGAACAAUAUCUUGAUAUUUCUAAUUCUGGAAUUUCUCCUCAACAAAAAUCUUCUAAUAUUGCACCUAUUUCAUUACCUAUCACCAAUCAACAAAGUCCAAAUAUACCUAUGGAUUCUAAAAGGAAGCGACCAGCAAAUGCCUUUUUGCUGUAUAAUAGAGAGAUGCGAUCAAAAGUAUUAGAAAAGAAUCCUGGUAUGGAUGUUGGUAAUAUUUCUAAAGCGAUCGGUAAAGGUUGGCACUCUUUAACAGAGGCCGAAAAAGAAGCAUAUUUACUACGAGCUAGAGAACUCAAAAAAGAAUUUCACGAAACACACCCGGACUUUGUAUACACUAGACGUUCUAAAGCCGAACUCAUUGCAGCAGGUCAUCAUAGUUAUGCUAAAAAACGACAAAUUACCGAGUCAGAUGAUGGUUAUGAGGCUGACGAUCAAUCAAACUCCAACAACAAUAAUACUAAUGAAAAUACAAAGCCACAGAAAGAUCCUCGUGGUCGUAAGAAGAAACGUGUUCUUCAUCCUAAGGCUCCGAAACAUCCCUCUUCCGCAUUUUUAUUCUAUACAUCUGCAGUUCGUCGUCAAGUUGCUGAAGCUCAUCCUGGAAGCACUGUUGGCCCAUUGUCAAAAAUCAUGGCAGGUAAAUGGAAGGCUCUUACUGAUGCAGAACGUGAACCUUUUCAAAAGUUGGCAAACGAUGACAAAGCUAG